AUGCCUCAGGAAUUCACCCGGCUUCAAAACGGCCAAAGUGUCGCCGACUGCGUGCAUAUCCAUACGCCUAUCGACGCAAACCCGUUCAAGCUGCUCGACGACGACAUGGCUUCGGUCGUCACGAGCAUUCGAGCUCUUGUCACCUCGGACCACCCCGGGCUCGACGCCGCCGCCUCAGGCGGCGGGAAAAAGGUCUGCCCGACGAUGUUGCUACUCAUGGCCCAGGCUGCCGACGCUGCGACAGAGUCGUCGACCAAGUCGCGCGCUGGCAUUGCCGCCUCCCAACAGCGCCUAGCCGAAGUCACGGAGAUCAUCCAUGCGAUGAGUUUGCUGCACGACGAUGUCCUUGACAACGCCGACACCCGUCAAGGCGUCGCAUCGGCCACCAAGGUCUUUGGCUCCAAGCUCUCUGUCCUUGUGGGCGAUUUUCUGCUUGCGCGGGCCUUGCGUCGUCUCGGACGACUUGGAAACCUCGAGGCAUUCGAGCUCAUGACAACCGCACUCGAGAACCUCGUACAGGGCGAGGUUCUUCAGAUGCGUUACGCGGACACGAGCGAUGCGAUCUCGCCGUUCAACGACUACCUCCGCAAGAACUACUACAAGACUGCAUCGCUCUUGGCCAACAGUGCUCGUCCUCGGCGAGCACUCGCAGGAUGUGUGCGACUUUGGUUUUGCUUACGGCCGCCACGUCGGACUUGCCUACCACCUCAUGGACGACGUCUUGGACUACGAGGGCGAACGCACGGGCAAAUCGAGGCUCGCAGACCUCAAGGCGGGUCUCGCGACAGCCCCCGUUCUCCCUGGCCCCAGGAAGAGUUCCCGGUCCUCGCGCCGCUCAUCGCGCGUCGUUUCAGCCACGCUGGUGACAUCGAGCUCGCGGCCACUCUUGUCAAGACCAGCACGGGGCUUGAAAAAAGCAAACACAUUGCCAUGGUUCAGGCCGAGCUUGCGAUUCUCGCCAUCCUGCAGUACCCGCCGUCGCCAGCGCGCGACGCACUCAUAAAGUUGGCGCAGCUCGUCGUGACGCGCUCGUCGUGA